AUGAUCGCAUUCGCCGACCUGCUGUCAGCCGCCCGCGCCGCGCGCCUGCUGCGCCAGACCACUGAAACCUACGUCGGCGCCGGCAUCGACAAAUCCGUGGCCCUCAAGGGCUUCUCAUCCACUGACCACGCCGAGGCCCUCGCGAUAGCGCAGAGCCUCGGCAUUGAACAUGACGAGGCCUCUAUCUCUGCCGUCUCUAGCGGCCGCUUCCCCGGCCCCUCCUCCAGUGUAGUCACCGACGACGUGGACGAGGACGCCGGCGGCGGCACCCCCAUCAUAUCCCUCGCCACGUUCGGCGCGACCGCCGUCGCGUCGACGUCCGGGGGCGCCGUCGCGGUCGCGGGGUCGGAGGCGAUGCCGAUGGCCGCGCCGAUCGGGGCGCCGGGCACCGCGAUGAGCACCACGAUCACGAGCUUCACGCCGACGACGAUACCCAAGGGCACCGGCAAGCUGGGUGACGUCAUGCUGAUGUCAAUCGGGGCAAACAACAAGGCGGCGGGCAGCUUCUCGGAGUCCGAGGCGGGGGACGGUCCGCACGCGAUCUCCGCUGCGGGCGAGGCCGUGGCCAGUGCAUACAGCUCUAAACCCGAGGAUUAG